AUGAAACGAAAGCAGGAGGAAGAAGGACUCUCACACAAGUUCCGCAAGACCAACCACGAGUUGUCGCUUUUAAACAUACCUGAUGAUGUUUUAAACUUGAUUUUAUCCCAUCUUAGCCUAACUGACGUUAUUCAUUUGUCUUGUUUAGAUCGAGCAUACAGAUCAUGUUUCUCCAGCCGAAUAUUCACUCAAGUGAAAGCACCAUGGAGUAAACUAAUAGAAGCUAUGGACUCUAAAGAAAACUUUAUCAUCAAACACAAGAAUAUCAUCCGUCAGUUGCGUAUUAUCGACAGUUAUUCCUAUGGAGAAUGGCAAAUUGAUUUUUUCACCGAUUUAUUAAUCAACAUACCUAAUUUAAAGAGACUUCUUAUAAACUCCAAAAACUCAUCCAACUGGAUUAAAUAUAGAGGAAGUGAUAAUAUCGAACAAUUAUCGCUUUAUUUUGAAGAAGAUAGCUUCAACCUAAUAAAAUUUUCCUUACCAAACGCAAAGCAGGGUAAUUUUAAUUCCAGUCCACGCAUAUUCCGGCUUGAUCAUGUUGCAAAUUUUAAAAUGUUGACUAAGCUUUCACUCACAGAUUAUCAUUUCAACUGGGAAGUAGAGAGUGUGAAACCGGUGCUUAUGAUUCACGAUAUCUCCCUUCACAAUUGUAGCUGGGAAUACCCGUUUAAACUAUCACAGUUUAAUUAUAACGACAAUAUCAAGAAGUUGAAAUUGACUUAUUCCAAUCAGAAUCCAUUCCUUCUUUCGGAAAGGUUUAAUACAUUCUUGAAUGAUGAUUAUCAUGAAGAUUUCAAAAGUUUAGAAGAGCUUGCAAUUGAUAUAACAUUUGAUUUUCGUAAGCAAGCGUGGUCCAAGUUUCUCUCAAACAGAUUAAUUUUGCGAUUUUAUAACCGCAAAGAUUUUCCUAAUUUGCGACAAUUAACAUUACACGGGUGGUACUUUGCGCUACAAAAUUUCAAAGAAACAAUCAAGAAUAUCUCAUGCUCAGACAGUGAUUUAUACUUGCUCGACCUAAAAGUGUUUGAUUCAGUAAAUGAUUGUAAUUUAAUUCCGGAAAUAAAACAAGAAUGGAAACAACUUUGUGUAUGGAAAAAACUCAAGCUUGAAGUUUUAUAG